AUGUUACACGCUUUUAUGUACAUAGCAACUAAACUAGAACUGCAAUUAACUUGUUUAUAUUUCUUCAAAGAAAACUAUGAUAUGGGCGGCUUGGUUUGCACCUGUAUGAUAGCCAUUACUAUGAUGAUGAUUUAUGGCGCAAUCAAGGGAAAACCUUCUCAUCUCUUGCCCUUCUUCUGUUUGCAAUUGUUUGAUUUUGCCAUUACUACUUUAACUGCUGCCGGCUAUUUAUGCUAUCUCCAAGCCAUUCACCGCCUUAUAGAUGAAUCUCACCGUUUGCCCUGGCGUGAAAAGUUAUUGGAAUUAUCACCCGAAGAAUUGGUCAUAGUAGUAUUGAUUGUUUUCGUUUGCAUUGUAUUCCUUAAGGCCUAUGCCAUUGGUAUUGUCUGGCGUUGUUAUAAAUACUUAACUUUGCGUCAACAGAGCAUGCGCACUCUACUACCAUUGGGUAUACCCGAUUUGACAGCCACCAAUUUGGGUUCAGAAGAGAGAGCAUAUUCGACACUCUUACCCAAUUAUGAUGAAGCUGUUAAUCAGUAUAUGAAACAAGCACCACCACCCUCCUAUCAAGUGGCCAUGUCUAACUAUCAGCCUCAAGAACAGGAAAAUAAUUUACCUGGUUCUGUGGCCGUCGAAGAAGAGGAUAAUAAUAAUGAUUCUUCGAAUAAUAAUAAUACGGUUCAUAUUAAUAAUAAUACACCACCCAUGAGACGUAAUGAAAAUACUGCUGCUGUUGCUGCUGCUCAUAUAGCUGAAGAAAUGGGUGCUGUAGGUGGUUCAGUUGCUCCUGCUGCUGCUGGUGGUGUUGCUACUGAGAAUGAUGAAGCUUUGGUACCACCUCCUUCUUAUAAUGAGGUUAUUAUUGAACCGGUUGUAAACACUCCGGAGUUAUCUACUAAUAGUAAUGAUACCGUAGUUGUUGUUAAUUCACCAACUACUAUCGGCUCCUCUAACGCUAAUAUUGCUCAAGUUAAUAAUAAUAAUGAAAGUCAAGCUUAAGAUCAGUUAUCGGUGAUUUUUCCAAGCUAAUUUUCUUUUUGGCGAUUGUGUAAGAGAAAGAAAAGAAUAGAGUUGUGCUUAAAAGGGUAAAAUUUGUUCUUUUUUUGGAAUCGGAAUAUAUUACCCAAAAAAAAAAAAUCUGGCAGCUUUUAAAAUUUUAAACUAUUUCAAAUAAUAAUUUCAUAACUUUUAUUUUUUACAAUUAAAUUCAAAUAAAGUACUUUUUUAAUAAAAAAUGUACUAAAUUUGGUACUUUUUUUUAGUACCAAAAAAAUUUAUAAAAAUUGUACUCAACUUUUUAUAGAGUAUUUAUUGAACUAAAUUUUCUAGAUGAAAAAAAUAGUACUUUUUUCUUAAAAAAGUAGUAAAUUUAGUACUUUUUUCUUAAAAAGUUAGUAAAUUUAGUAAUUUUUUCCAAAAUUUUACUUUAAUUACAAUUUCGAGAGCUUACAUCGAUGUUAAUGUAAAAAGCUAAUGAUUUUCUACAAAAAAAUUGUAUGCCCAUUUUGGAUAUUUAAAAUCCCCAUUUUGGGAAUUUACUAAAAUGUUGUUUUUUAAUCAAUUUAUCUGGCAACAUAAUUCCCUAAAACUACAACAAAAUUAUGUUUGCUUUUGUUAAUAUUUUCGAAAAAUUUUAAUUCCUAAAUGGUAUUUUUAAAAUCCCCAUUAUUGAAAUUUAUCCCCAAAAGGGUAAAUUUAUUAAAUUUUAUUAAAAAACUUGAAAUUAAACAUUUUCUUAUUGAAAUUUGUCGAAAAUUUCGAAUUCCUAAAGUGGUUUGAAGAAAUCCCCAAUUUCGGGAUUGUUUAAAACAAAAGAUUUUUGUUAUUUAGCAAUGUAAUUUGAUGAAUUUUUAACAAUUUAUGGAUUUUUUGUUAAUAUUUCCCAAAAAUUUCAAUUCCCAAAUGGUAUUUUAAAAAUCCCCAUUUUUGGAAAUUAUUCUCAUGAUGAAAAAAUUAUAAAAUUUUAGUUAUAUGUUUAAUACUAAACUGGUUUUUAUUAAAAUUUUGUAAAAAAAUUAAAUUCCUAAAGCGGUUUUUGGAAAUCCCCUUUAUGGGGAAGUAUAAAAAUAAUACAUUUUUGUCAUUUAAAAACGUAAUUCGAUGAAACUAAAACAAAUUAUGGAUUUUUUGUUAAUAUUUUGGAAAAAAUUUUCAAUUCCCAAAUGGUAUUUUCAAAAUCCCCAUUUUUCAGAUUUAUCCCCAGGAGGGCAAAUUUAUUAAAUUUUAUUAAAAAACAUAAAAUUUGACAUUUUUCCAUGAAUAUAUUUUAACAAAAUUAAAUUCCUAAAGUGAAUUUAAAAAAUUCCCCUUUACCGGGAUUAAUAUAAGCAUAUGUAUAUUUUCCGGGAUUGAUAAAAACAUGUAUUUUUUACAUUUUAACGACAUAAUCACAACAAGUUAAAACAAAAUGUUGAAUUUUGGGAAAAAAAAUCUUUAAAAAAACUUAAUACCCAAAUUGGGUAUAAAAAAUCCCCAUUUUGGGAAUUUUAAAAAUUAAGUUUUUUUUCAUUUUAAUAAUGAAAUUUUAUAAUGAAAAUGAGAUUUUUGAGUUUUCUGUUAAAAAUUUCUGGAAAAGUUAAAUUCCCAUUUUCUACCUGGAAAAUCCCUAUUUUGGGAAUUGUUACAAAAAUCCAAAAAUUUGCAAAUUUUACAGCCAAAAUCAUAAAAUUUUUAAAGAAAUCUAUAAAAGAGUAAAAUUUGUCUGUAAAUUCCCAUUUUGUUUAGUGCAAAUCCCCAUUUUGGGUAUUCAGUUAAAUUAAGCGAUUUUGGCAAUUUAACAAAAUUUUCACUUUAAAAUGGAUAAAACUAAAGAUUUUUUUGAAAAAAGUAAAAAUUUUCCCUAAAACUUAAAUUCCCAUUUUGUUAAGUGCAAAUCCCCAUUUUGGGAAUUUAGUAAAAAUAAAGAGAUUUUGGUAAUUUAACACAAUUUUUACAGGAAACUUGAUACAACCAAAGAUUUUUUGUGAAAAAAAGUCAAUUUUUUCUGAGAAUUUAAAUUCCCAUUUUGUUAAGUGCAAAUCCCCAUUUUGGGAAUUUAGUAAAAAUCAAGAGAUUUUGGUAAUUUAACAAAAUUUUCACUUUAAACUUGAUAAAACUAAAGAUUUGCUGUGAAAAAAGUAAAAUUUUUCCCUAAAAUUUAAAUUCCCAUUUUGUUUAGUGAAAAUCCCCAUUUUGGGAAUUCACUUAAAUCAAAAGAUUUUGGCAAUUUAACAAAAAUUUCACAGGAAAAUUCAUACAACUAAAGAUUUUUUAUGAAAAAAGGGCAAAUUUUUCCGAGAAUUUAAAUUCCCAUUUUGUUAAGUGCAAAUCCCCAUUUUGGGAAUUUACUAAAAUUUAGAGAUUUUGGCAAUUUAGGGAAAAAAUUCACAUUAAACUUGAAAAAACUAAAGAUAUUUUUGUUAAAAAGGUGAAUUCCCAAAUUGGCUUUAAAAAAUUCCCUUUUCUGGGAAUUCUUGGUAAAAUGUUGAAAUCAUAAAAUUUUGUUUAAAAUUUAACCAACUAAACGUUUUUGGUGAAAAAUUAAAUAAAAAAUUUAAUUUCCAAAUUGUGUUUUUCAAAAUUCUUUUGUAGGGAAAAAUUGAAUUCCCAAAAAGGGGUUAUUCCCUUUUCAAAGAGCACAACUUUUCGAUUUUUUCUUUGUUUAACAUAAACUAAAAACCAAAAUUGAUGGGUUUGUAAACAAGAUUUAUAGUAUUUAGAACAAAAACAAGAAACACAUGAAUAAAAACAAAAAAUAAAUAAAAUUUAAAAAAA